AUGGCAGGAUCAGACUGGACUCUUUCUGCUAUGCGUGAAUGGGAGUCCCCAGAUUAUGAGCCCUCACUCCCUGUUUCAGAGAAGUCGAACCCUCUGACGCGCGGCAUCGACCGAGCUUCAGCCAGCAGCAUUGUGAGGAUGUUACAGGCCUGUGACGCCCAGAUGUUUCAAGAAGAAACAGGAGCAGCCUACCAGAGACUUCUGAGCGAGCAAGUGGUGACGACAUUGAUGGAGGUUGCUAAGAAGGUGGAGCUCAUUCUCAAGGAUCCAGAGGACAGCCUUGUUAUACUGAGUGGUUGUGGCACUUCUGGUCGACUGGCUUUCCUCAUCACGUCAAGGUUCAACAGAGCGCUGAGGCAGCUGAACCACAGUCCGGUUUAUUCAUACGUCAUUGCAGGAGGAGACAGAGCUCUGCUUUCCUCACAAGAGGCUCCCGAAGACGACCCCAAACUGGGCAUGCUCAGUCUGAAGAAGGUUUGCGAGGGAAAGAAGCGAGUUUUGUUCAUCGGCAUUUCGUGCGGGUUAUCUGCUCCAUUUGUGGCAGGUCAGCUGGAAUUUUGCUUGCAGAACCCUGAAGUGUACACUCCUGUACUGGUUGGCUUCAACCCUGCACAUCAGGCCAGGGAUGAGCCUCUUCCAGGCUGCACAUUCACAUUUCGCAGCGUGGUGCAAAGGAUGGAGGAGCUCGCCAAAAGCCAACAGGCCUUCCUCAUCAACCCAGCAGUUGGGCCAGAAGCCAUCAGCGGCUCCUCCAGGAUGAAGGGAGGCAGCACCACCAAGAUUCUCCUGGAAGUCGUCUUAUCCGCUGCUCAUGCUGCCACCUUCUCGCACGCACCCGUCACAUACAACAGUAUUUUGCAGCACCUGAGAGCCUACGAGAGAACUCUGGAUAUCACUUACUCUCAGAGUGAGAUCAUCACUGAUCUGGUGGAAGCAGCAGGGGAGAGUUUGCGGUGUGGCAGGCGAGUGUGCUACCUCGGCUGGGGAUCGCUGGCUUUGCUGAGUCUCAUUGACGCCAGUGAGUGCAACCCCACGUUUGGAGCAGAUUACGAAGAUGUUCGAGGCUUCGUCAGUGGAGGCUACAGAGAGCUGAGCAACAAAGAGGGACCCUUGACUUCACUGGGUGCUGAGUUUUGCAUAGCACACGAGGAUUUCCUACAUCUGGUCCUUCCCUGUCUCACUGACAAGGACACAGUUCUACUCGUAUACACGCACUCCGAUGAUGUCAGCAAAGUGGUGGAUUUGGCUCGGAGAGUGAGAGAGAAGACAUCUAACCUCCAUGCUGUUUAUCAUCAGGCUGACGGAGACACCUCAGCUGCUCAACAACAAGACCACAUCAAUCGGCUGUGUUUAUCUACACUAAAGACUGCUUGGCUUCAGGGAGCAUCUGUUUCAGCGAGCUCGCUUCACAUGUGGGAGCUGUCCACUAAGCUGGUGCUGAACGCUGUGAGCACCGGAGCUCAUGUCUUAAAGGGGAAGAUAUACCAGAACUACAUGAUCGACGUGCAGGUCACCAACAGCAAACUGUAUCGUAGAGCCACACGUUUACUCCAGAAGUUAUCCAGUCAACCGGAGUCACAAUGUGAAGAAGCUCUUUUGAAGGCCAUCUACCAAGUGGACGAGCUGACUCUGGACAUUACAUCCUCUGACGUCAUCACGCACACGUGCACUGCCGCAACCAGGACCAAGGUGGUCCCUCUGGCUUUGGUCUGUUUGCUGACUGGUUGCUCUCUCGACGAGGCGGAGUCUCGUUUGGAGCGGCAGCCAAUCGUUAGGGAGGCUGUGGAGGCGUUGCUGUCGUAACUGACCUCAAAGUCAGGCUGAGUCUCCACAAAUACAGUAGAGUCAUGUCUUGAGUCAGUCCUUGCUUAUUAGGUCAUUAGUCAGCUUUAUUGUCUCAGAUGAACUGAUUUCUACUGUGUGUAGAGUAAAAAUGAUACAGAGUUCUUCUUUAUCUGUUCUUAUUUAGAUUAUAAACUAAUAUCAGAUUUAAACCCUUUCUUGAAUGCGAAACCAUGUUAUAACCCAAGGGGGCAGACUUAAACCUUGAAAAAGUUUCAUGAGUUAGAACUGACUCAGAACUACACUACUGUAAAAC